GAUGCCAUAUUAUAUCUGUCUUGUGUCUUUAUAUGUGAACGUACUUCCACAAUCCAGCAAAAUCUUAAGUAAAAACAGAGUAUGGAGCCACUGCUUUUACUGGUAAUGAUGAGAAACUUGACUUUGUGUGUGUGAAAGAGAGCUUGGGUGUGACCUUGUCAUGGUACCACAGUGGGGUUAAGCCAGACAGCAGCAUGAUUUAUUAAUAAUAUACGUAUCUGGGGCACGCUAACUCCCCCAUGAUAAAUCAGCCCAAGAGGCUACCUCAAAUACAACUUCAUCAUAUUCUGUACAAAUCAUGAUAGCAGGUCAGAAUACCGGCUGUGCUGCUGUUUCUCUCUUAAAGCCGUCGCUUUGUGUCGCUGAUUUAAACUCCCCUCUUUGCUUUAGUGAUUUCUGGGGGAAAAUGUUUGGCUCACACCUAAAGCUAACCUUAAUGCUAAUCACAAAGGUCCAAACAUUGGAUAUUGUUAGUAAUAUCCAGUGUUUGGACAAUUAAAGUCAUCUUGAAUAUCUUGAGUUUAAACUUAAACAUCUGUCGUGGAAAUUCUUUGAGUUUGUACCUCUCAUACUGUUAGUAUGUGAUGGGGUAUUGAAACAACAGUAAAUUAUAAGCAGAAACAUUUUUAAAUUUCUAUUUAAACUACGGUUUAACCCUUAAAACUCAGUUGUUUUAUUAAAACUGCUAAAAUGAGCCUGGAAGGCAAGACUGAUUUCUCUAAAUAGCCUUUUAAUAAAUGUAGGCUGACAUUCCUGGAUCUUAUUCCUGAAUUCGUCUAAAUGCAGCGGGAUUCUUUCUAGUUUGAGGUCAUCUUUGUAUUAGGUUUCUUUUAUUGAUAGUAUUUAGUUUUCUGUUUGUAUUGUUGCUGUUAAUUCCUUUGUAAUUUAAGUCUUGUCAUUUUUGCCUUAGUUUUUAGUUUUAGUUACUAGUGACCCUGAGCUUAUUUUGGCUCCUCGUGUCUUAUAUGUAGUUGUCUUUGCCUUUUGUUACCUUAUUGUGUGUGUAUUUUGGCCCGUUUUCUUCCUUUAGCUACUUCCUGCCUUUACUUUGAAAGGUUCAGUUUUCCUGCCUCUCUUAUUACCUGAUUAUUCUCAGCUGUGUUUCUUUGCCACUCUUCACCUUUUUGUGUUUUUACACACGGUGGUUCAUGACAGUUUCCUUAAUGGUGAGGCAAAGCUUGGUCCUCCGAUUAUCAUGUGUACACGGUCCUACCAGGAAAGCACGUGUGCUGAUGGCGAGUGUGACAUGGACAGCAGCACUGAAAAUGCCAACAGCUCUGACUCACUUCACCCAACACAGCAACGCAGCCGCCUGAUUGGCUCAGCGUCUGCGUCCGUCAUCUCUAGAGAGGAGCAGUUUGAAGACUACGGUGAAGGGGAGGAUGUAGAUUUUACUCCCAGCAGCCCUUGCCCUGAAGAAGAAACACGAACAAAUGGUUUCUCAGAUCUUGGAUCCUCGCUUCCCUCCAGUGCUGGCCACACCCCUCAAAAGAUGCGGCAGCUGUAUAACAGUGAGCUGCUGGACAUCUACUGUUCUCAGUGCUGCAAGAAAGUGAAUCUACUCAAUGACUUGGAGGCUCGACUGAGAAACCUCAAGGCCAACAGUCCUAACAGGAAGAUUUCCAGCACAGCAUUUGGACGUCAGCUGUUCCAGGCCAAUCACAGCGUGUUUGGGUCCAGUCAGGGCAGCAGCACAGAGGAUCUGUUCACAGACAGUAUCGACUCCUGUGACCUUGACAUCACAGAGAAAGUCAGCUACCUGGAGAAAAAGGUGACAGAACUGGAAAGUGACAGUCUGGCCAACAAUGACCUCAAGUCUAAACUCAAGCAUGACAACACCCACCUUGUGCACAGGGUUCAUGAGCUAGAGGAGCAGGUGAAGGAUGCAGAGACAAAGUCUGCAGAGAGUCUCAAAGAAGAGGUGAAGAAACACCGGGAGGCUUACACCAAGAUGGAGAGAGAUAGAAACACGGAGAUAGAGCUGCUCUGUAACAGGUUACAGCAGUUAGAAGAAGAGAAUACAGAGAUGAAGUUGAAUGUGUGCAGACUCAAGUCUCAGACUGAAAAAAUGGAUCAGGAGAAGCAGAGGGUGACAGACAAACUGGAGGACACUAGUUUGAGGCUGAAAGAUGAGAUGGACCUGUACAGGAAGAUAAUGGACAAGCUCUGGCAAAACCGCCAUGAGUUUCAGAAGGAAAAAGAGUCCAUGCAGGAGCUGAUUGAUGAUCUCCGUCGAGAGCUCGAGUAUCUGCAAUUGUUUAAACUGGAGAUGGAACAUCCUGGGAAAGGCAAGGGGCUGUCUGAGUUUAACGCCAAAACCAGGGAGAUGGAAAUGGAACAUGAAGUGAAGAGACUGAAACAGGAGAACCACAAGCUGCGCGAUCAAAACGACGACCUGAACGCUCAGAUUCUCAGUCUGAGCUUGUACGAGGCCAAGAACCUGUUCUCCUGUCACACCAAGGCCCAGUGCCUGGCAGCUGAGAUUGACAACGCUUCCAGAGAUGAGCUUGUGGAUGCUUUGAAGGAGCAGGAGGAGAUCAACCUGCGUCUGAGGCAGUACAUGGACAAAAUCAUUUUGGCCAUUCUCGACCACAAUCCUUCCAUCCUGGAGAUCAAGAAUUAAACACAAUGCACAUUUGUAUUAGUGAAGUUGUGCUGAUCUACCGUUACCUUUAGUCCGUAAAGUUGUAAUCCAUAAGAUUCCUGUCCUGGCUGAAGCUGAUGGAGCUGUUAACACUACAGACAAACACAUUUGCAUUGUUCACUCAAUGAUGUUUUUUUUCACAGAUAUUGUGCACGUUUGGUCCCCCCUGUGAGAUGUAAAUCUUAAGCUGCAGUACAAAAUGCAGGAAAUGUUCUAUUGGCGGACAUAAAUAUUUUUUCCUGGUGAACUGCAGUACAGCAAACAGUUCACAUUAAAGCUUUCCUGCAUUUCAGCAUCAA